UGCCGCCAUCUGCAUUCGAUUGUCUGCUCGUCGGUGUCGUGAAUGUCGUCGUCAAUCAGUGGAAAAAGAACUUUGCGAUAAAAGACAGUAAAGGCGCAGCCGAGAAUCGAAAUUACGAACAAAUUGCUUGUUAUGAUAAAAACGCGAACGUGUUCCCAAAUCUCUGAAAUUGCGACGACCGCGCUCAGUACCAUUAUCAGUCGCCGUGUAGCUGUCGCGAAACGAAAUCGAAGAAACCUCGAAAACAUUCCGUGGAAAGCUGCAGUCCGGCUGCACGUACGUUUUCCCGAGUUGCGAAUUGGAUUUUCGCACAGUCCAAUUGGUAGCCGCCGUCGCCAGCCUUGCGAGGGCCCGAAAGUACGCAGUUCUCGCCCUGCCAUUGAUUACGAUUUCCCAAUGACUUGUCGCCGUCAACGACGUCGUGAGUGAGUGAAUUAGUGGCCUCGUUCGAAGGAGUUGAUUGCGUGCGUGCGUGCCCCCAAAAUGUCGUCUCCGAGAAAGAUCCUUGGCAUGCUUGACGUGGUGCGAAAAUAACGCGCGGUGGACGCAGAACGGCUAUCGGAAAUCCAAGUGGCUGCCGCAGAACCAGCCCGAGAUAAGCGACCAGCAAGCCCCGUGCGGAUUAGCCUCCGGUUGAAGAGCCCCGGAAGCGUCUCAGUUCCAGUUGUGCUCCGCGAAAAGAAAGAAUCUCGCAAGGAACCUUGUGUGUGUGCCCCAAUCGCGCGGCGUUUCUUGUGUAUCUGCUUGGUCUGGGCCGCCCUUCCAGCUCGGGUCCGGUUCCAUCAGCAGCAGCGUGUGUGCAAGGUCCCUUGAAUCCGCUUCGCGAAGCAAAAUAAGAAACCGCCAGCCGGAGCCGCGGACCUGUUUUGGUUAUUGCUUCCUCCGUGCGCCUCGGCGCGCCGAGCGAGUUCCGAAGGUCGCGGACCGAGCCGCGUGUGCUGAGUGCAAGCAUCCCCACCUGCCUUGAAAGUGCGUCAGAAAGGUCGUUCCCAUCUGCCCGCUCGCAUCUUGUUUGGCUGUGCGCCCGCGACCGUUCGCAAACCUCAGACGGCGGAGGUGCAUCGCCGCGCCAGCCCCGUGUCGUCCGAGUGCUCCGGAGUCCUUGAAACGUCAACGAAAUGGCUGAUAGCUUUAAGAUCCCCUCAAGUAAUAAAAUUCCAGUGGAUAAGCUCUACCGUGUCGGAUACUACGAGCUCGAGAAAACGAUCGGCAAAGGAAACUUCGCUGUGGUGAAGCUUGCAUCGAACAUUGUGACCAAAUCGAAGGUGGCCAUAAAAAUAAUCGACAAAACAUGCCUAAACGAAGAAUAUUUAGCGAAAACUUUUCGAGAGAUAUCCAUUCUCAAAAUUCUACGACAUCCGCACAUCACACGACUCUACGAAGUAAUGGAAUCACGAACUAUGAUAUAUUUGGUCACAGAGCUGGCAUCACAAGGUGAAAUUUUCGACCAUCUUGUGGAAAAGGGGCGAAUGAAAGAACAAGAAGCGGCACGGGUAUUUGCACAACUCAUAUCAGCCGUUGAAUACUGUCACUUGAAAGGCAUUGUACAUAGAGAUCUUAAGGCCGAAAAUAUUUUACUUGAUAGUGAUAUGAAUAUUAAGCUAGCUGAUUUCGGAUUCAGCAAUACUUAUGUGGAAGGAACUCCACUUAUGACAUGGUGCGGCUCGCCCCCAUACGCAGCACCUGAAGUAUUCCAAGGCCUCGAAUACGAUGGACCUAGAGCCGAUAUAUGGAGUUUAGGGGUAGUUUUAUAUGCUUUGGUUUGCGGAGCGUUACCAUUCGAUGGUACGACAUUACUCGAGCUUAAAUCGCGUGUUGUAACCGGAAAAUUUCGCAUUCCGUAUUUUAUGUCACAAGAUUGCGAGAAUUUAAUACGUCAUAUGUUAGUUGUUGAACCUGAACGUCGUUAUACGCUUAAACAAAUCGCUAAACAUCGAUGGAUGUCGGAAUGGUCGAAUGUGAUCGAUGACGCACGAGCGGCUACAAUGAACGAACCCACUAAUCUCGAUACUGUUGUUAUGGAACAUAUGCUCAAAUUGCCCGGAUUAACCGCUGAUAUGAUUGCACAAUCUGUACAUGAGGGACGAUUUGAUAAUAUAUAUGCAAUUUAUAAUCUUCUGGUAGACAAGUUACAAAAGAAGCGCAGAGAACAACAACGAAUACAGCAUCACGCCAGCUUAGCGUAUUCAAGAUCUCGCAAAACGAGUAUUACGACGGGAGUAGUGGAUCGAUCAGAACCAAUGAAGCAAGAGUCAAUUGAUCGCCUUAGCCCUUUAACAAACACAAGUGGACCAUUUCAAACGUUACCUGGAUGGACAGAUGUUUCGGUUGAUUUUGAAAAAUAUUUGGAAGUUGAAGGAGAAGCUGGACCAUCACGACAAAAUGAAUCAACUCCACAGACAUCUGGCCAACAUUUGACAUCACAAAAUCCUGCCAAUUGCUCUAAUCUUGGUAAUGCACGGCGACAUACGGUAGGCCCAGGUGAUGUCGCCCAUGAACAAGCUUUGGGCAAUCCAACAGUCGCAAUCAACUUCAAAGAAGAUGAGAAUAGCGGUCCACAUUUGCCAAUUAAUUUGCACAUGUUACAAAAUCAACCUUUACAUAAUCUUACAAUUAAAGAUCAACAUCUUCUCAAGCCGCCAAUGGUCAUGGGCGCAACCUCUGAUGCAGCUGGAUCAUUUGGGCGACGAGCAUCAGAUGGGGGAGCAAAUUUACAUAUUUAUUAUCCAUCUACAUCAUCUGGAACGAGUCAACAGCAUCCAGCGCAGCAGCAACCUAUGGAGGGUUAUUUCAAUAAUCCAGCGAGCACAAGUGAUGCUAACGGAGCCGGGGGUGCAAUGAAAAUGAAUGCAGUUGAAGUUAUAAAGAUGAGUGACGCUACAACAACAACACCUGGUGAGGCGAGCGAGGAAUCUAAUGAUGAGAUUCAGAGAUAUAUGCAUGGAAGAGGCUGUUCGAAACGGCACACUGUCGGCUGCACAGACGACUUAUCGCAGACACGAGCCAGUGGAGCCGAAGGUGGUUUAGACCAACAAUCUUCAACACAUUCCCCUGGACCGCAAUCGUCAGGCGGACGAACAAGAAGAACGGGUCUUCUUACGGUCAUGGAACGACCACCAGUCAUUAGCCCUGAACUUAUAAGAGAGGUAGAAGCACGUAUGAAUCGCAACUAUUUGCCACCUGCAUUGAAAAUGCAAAGCCCAGCAGGAGGGCAAUCCCAAAGUCCUCCUGCUUCGGCUCAAGCAACUUCCGCAUCAGCUAGCAGCAAUCGACGUUUUGGUAGUAGACCUUGCAAAUUACCUACAGUACAAGAAGUUGGUCGGUAUAGUCCCGUUAGAAGAGCAUCGGAAGGAUCACGAACACAGUUCCAGGGACCUCUUCAAGAAUGUCAGCACUUGCAAAAGGGUUUGGCGCAACGUAAUCUUCUUGUUACACCAAGUCCACCAUUAUUAGAUAAUUCAAUAAGUUUGCCAGGAUCUCCAAUUCACGGAAAACCGUCAAUAGAUUUUCGGACGGCCGGUCAAAAUAUUGAAAUUCCAGCGGAGGCUAUUAUGGGUCUGGUGCCAGGUCUAGAAAAACUUGUUUCAGAAAAUCGUAUAACAAUGGAAGCAGCCAAUAGUAUAAUGACGAAACGUAUCGUUCCAUUAGAAUUAGCCCAGCACUUAGGAUUAGUUGCACACUCUGGUCAUCAAAAUCCAUUGGAGAUAGGCCAAAUGUUCCAGCAGCACAGUUAUAGUGUGUCGCCAUUAACAAUGAACUAUAGCAAAUUUGGACAUAGCGGAAGUGGUUUCAACUCGCCAAAUCUAGCAAUAAACCAAGCGAGCUUAGGAGGCAUAUUUAGUGGAGCAAAUCUCGCAAACUACAGUCCUAAUUUGGCGGGAGUCGGAGUAGCAGGUGGCAGUAGCAAUAGUAGUGGUUGUCCAUCGCCAAUUUAUAAUUACAGUGGUUGCUCAUCCCCUAAUCCAUACAAUCUGUACGGGGCAGGUGGUGCUUCGCCUAUGCAUCAAAUAACAAAAGGUAUAAGUGGCUUGACAACGGGAGGUGGAGGCUCAAUUACCCGAGGGACAUCAGCUGCUAGCGAAAAUGCUUCGAAUCAACCGUUGGAUUUAACUAUGGAGGCAGCUUGUGCGGACACAGAUAAUAUGAGUAUACAAGGAAAUAGUGGCUGGUUCGUUCCUGCUUCAUAUUAUGACGUAAAACCGUUAAACUUGUCUCCAGCUCAACAAGUUCGAAUUGUUCCCACGCCGCCAGCUUCACCAAAUCUUUGCAUAAUUCAAGAGGAGAAUUCAAAUGGAAAUUUAGGUAUACAUCCGCCUACGAUGCCGUACAAUGCAUCCGCUAUGGGAGGAGAUGAAGCUUCGUAUCCCCUUUCUCACCCGCAAAUAUGUUUAACCGAUGUACAAGGUAGUGAAAUUACAUUAGUGGCGUUGUCAUCAGACAACAGUCGUGAUAGCGAUGAUUCACUAGAUAUGCAGUCAUCGAUGACGCUACAAGGUCUAGUAAUAACUGAACCAUCAAGUGAUAUGCCAUCAAUAACGCGAGGAGUAGGACGCAAGACAAGUCUCGAAAAUGAGGUUGCUACACGUUCUGAUGCCACCUCCUCCACUGAUGCCUAUAAUAGACGAGGUAGUGAUAAAUCUUUAGGUUUUAGUGAUGAUAGUCUAAGUAACGAUUCGAACAAUCUGUCACCGGGUCAAGAACCAUCCGCUGCAAGUUCCGGCUUUAAAAGUGGAAAUGAUUCUCACUCUGAAAUGGGUGACCAGACUGAAGCCCGCCUUACACCCGAUUCACUCUCGGAAAGCCGUCGAAUGUCCCUAGAUGAAUGCUUUGAAGUCCCUUUGCCAUAUGAAUGUUCAAAUUUGGAUUCAACUCGAAUUCUGGAGAUAAUCAAGCAAACGAUAGAUACAUGUUUGCCGCCAAAAUGUGUGGUGUUGAAUCGUGUCGAUGCGGAAAAUACAAGUACCGAUAUUCCAGGCGGUACGACGUCUGCGGCAUCCGGAGCUGAUGUUGAUGUUUCCAAUCUUAGUUUGGAGUAUUCCGGAGGCCUACAAAUUGAGCUGCAAGUCUGUGGAGGACGAAGUAAAGAUAAUCGUGGUGGAGGGAAGGGUAUCAAACUAAGGCGAAUAUCUGGCGACCAGUUCGAGUAUGGCAAAUUAUGUCAGCAAUUAAUUAGUACUUUAACGGUGUAGGUAGUAGCGAUCUUCAAAACAAAUUAGGAAUAGGAAUGAGAUUGUUACUCGUUUCCAGGGAUAGUUCGUUUGCAGAUUCAAUUCCCAAAGCUGUAGGGAUAAUGAUAAUUUUUUUCUCUUGCCGGCAAGCAUAGAAACGGUUUCAUUUGAACGACGAUUUUGUUAUUUCUACAGUCAGUAUUUAAGUUUGCACAUCUAUUUCGUCGAAAUUAUUAUGUGAAAUUCUGUUAAUGAGAUAAAUUUUAUUAUAUAAAUGUGCUUAUGCGGAGAAAGUUUUCCUACAUUUAUAUUUUAUUUUAUUUAUGUUAUUUUGCACCUGGUUUCGUUUUAGACGUUGAAUUUCAAUAGAGCUGAAGAUUUUAAAUUUGUAAUAUGAAUAAACACGCAUAUUAUAGGCUGUGGUUUUCGCCAGAUACAUAUUAUAUGUUACAUUUAAAGUAGUGAUAGGAAUUUACAACACCUAAUCAGAUCCCAAAAGCUGAGUCAGUGACGUAGUAUACAUCAACAAGAUAGCCCCACACUGUUCUCUCACUCACGACAAAUCCAAAGCAUACAUGCAUUAAACUACAGUAGCCCUUAGAUGGAUAAAACACACAUAAACAGAAGAAGCAGGCAUACAUGAAAAAACUGGCGUAAGAUUUUACACUUCUUGACUGACCAUAUUCACGUUUUUAGGAAGAAGUGAUAAACGUGGAAAAAAUAAAUGCAUACACUUUUAAAAUACUACACAAUAAAAUUCAUGAAACUUAGUCUAAACCUUAGUGAAAUUUAAUGAGAUUAGUGAAUAAGUAGAUAUAAAACAAUUAAAAGAAACAAAGCAACUCCAAUUAGUUAAUUAAAAUUAAUAGAAUAUAAAUACUACGUGAAAGCUAACUUAGGUAAACAAUGAUCCUUUCAAAUUACUACUGAGAAAGAAAUGUACAUUCUUCAGAUUCCAUAUGCAUAUAAUUUUAGUGAUGGAAGCGAUAUUUUCGUAUUCUAUUGGGAGGCGUGGAAACUAAACGGAACAUUAUCCUUAAAGUUUCCCCAAUAUUGCUACGUUAAUAUUGGGCAGAGGUGAAAAAUUCUAGCUUAGGCGUUUUGCAAAUAUUAUAUUCUAAGACUUUGUGUUUUAUGGGAAAAUGCAUACAUACGUCUCUUCGUUCUUUUAUACAAAACAAUUUUUUCACAAUAUCUCGAUGUUGUCCUCUUAAAAGAAAUAAAUCGGGAGAUUACUGAUAUUAGAAAGUCGUCAUAUAAUAUUGUGGUCUUCAAAAGCACAACAGUUGGUUAGUUACUUUACUAUUGUAAUUUGAGUAUUUCUCAAAGGGUUUUUAAAAUAAACACACUUUAAGUGUAAAGUAACCAAAGGGUGAAAAGAAACUGGACGAUAUGUCAGUAUUGGAUGUAUCAGCAAAUGUAUAAACAGAAAUUAGAUCUUAUUCAAAUUUACUCUUUCUGCCUUAAUCAAAUAAAUUCGACCAAGCAUAUAAAACAGAAAUAAAGUAAUAAUAUCCUAAGAAGGUGAAUAUUCUGACGUUUAUUGUCCGCAGCUAUAUUAAAUUUGGUGAGACUUCUUAGAAUGCAAAUGGAGCUUUAUUGCGGUAGAUAUGAUGUCUGCCAUACGGUUCGCAAAUAUUCAAUGUCGCACAAUAAAAUUCUAUUCGAUUCAAAAUUCAAUUAGCCAGCAUUUGUUUUAAUUCUUAAAAAAGAAUCUUUCUGUGUCCAACUAUCUUAGUAAAAUUUUGCAUAUGAUUUUGAACGCGAUAGAAAUGUAAAAUAUCGAAACUCCGCAAGCCCUGAUAGUACACCUAAUAUUCCAUCGAACCUCAAGUAAGUUUUAGUUUAUUCAAUUCUCGCUAAUGCAAAACGUUGUUCCAAGUUUGCUUUAUAUUCUGGAGAGGUCACGUGGAGCACAGCAUACAUUCUCUGUUCAAAAUUUAAGGAACUAUAUUCACCUUCAAAAAUCAAUUAUGAAAACUUAUGCACAAACCUAAUGAAGAUAAAAUUAAGAAAAGCAACCUCUAUUAAUCAAAAGCUAUCAUAAAUCCCCUCCAAAAUAAGUGAAAAUAAUCAGUAUGUAGUUUUAUAAAAGAAUUGUCUAAAUGAUGAGUAAUGAAUAUUUCGACAUACUCUAAACAUUCCACAACCUAACAUUUAGCAAAUUCGACAAAGUACUAAUGAAUGAUGUCAACACCGAAAAGUCUAUUUUCAAUAGCAACAAGCACUAUCGAGAGGAAUACGAACUCCGUAAGAUUUUUUUUCUUUUUAUUAGUUUUAGCAGAAUAUUUUUCUAGUUGUUGAUGAUUAUUUUUUUAUUUUUCAAAUAUAUUUGUACCUACAUUCUCUAUAUUUUUGCAAGGGAAUUAAAAACUAAUGGAACUAAUUUUACAUAUGAAUUGUAAACGAAAAUAUAACUGUAAUAGCAUUUUCUGCGAAAAUGGUCCUACAUUUAAAUAAAUCAUAUAUAUAUGUAUAUAUAAAAUUUGUAUCCAUAGAUUGAACAUAGCAAAUAGUUAUCAGUCUAAGUUGUUUUCAAUUUGAAGAAAAAAGUUCACACUCCUGCUGUUUUCAUAAACGGUUUAAAUAUCUUGUCAACAGAUAACAUUCGCUCGGAAAAGCUAUUACAUUCUUGCAUUCCACAGCUAAUGUUCGUGUAAAAAAAUGAUUCCCAAAACCAACAAUAUAAACGCGAACGAACAGAGUGCAAUUCGGAAAAGUGGAAUAACAAGAUGAAAUCUAAUUAAUUCAUAUUGUACCUAAACAAUUUAUUUAAACGAGACACAGAUACAAAGAUAGAAGAAAAGUAUCUUAUACGAAACCGAUAGCAUUAGAUGUUGUGCAAGAAAUCUUACACACUGAUUGCAAUUACGAUUACUGUUACAAUAAUGAAUCGCAUUUGUUACGUUAUUUCAUAUUAAUUUUUCUUUUCAUUUCAUUUUUUAAUUUGCAUUUCUUUAGUUCUUUCUAUCCUUCCUAUUAUCAUGAUGAGAAGAAAGCAAAAACAUAAAGUGAAUAAACAAAAUGAUGUAGUUUUAAAACUCAUAAAAAGACUGCUGUGAUUUAAAUGAAAAUAAAAUUCAAAAAUGUUAAAUGAUAAAUUAAUGUAUUUAAUAAUAAAAUGAAAGCGUCAAAACAAUAAGAGGUUUACCGUUU